UCCCCCGAGCUUAUCAGCCUCCUAGCUACCCCAGCCAUCUGUCCUGUCCUACGUGUCUCGCACCAACGCAUGUGUCUUUCCCACGCCUACUGAUUCACAUCUGAAUCCCGCGCCCUCCCAUCAUGGGGACAUACGCCGAUGAUGGAAACCCGGAAUUCCUGCCAAUGAGCCGCUCGAGGACUGCCUCUCAGUCAUCCUCCGAUUCGGACCUCUCCGUCGACACCCCGUUCCCCGACGAAUCCAAAUUCACAACCACCCACCUGAACAAUCCCUUAAAGUCCAGUUCAGCCGAAGAUGCGAGAUACCGAGACGUGGAGGAAGGCGAACCGCAGCCCGACGAGCCAUUCCUACCUUCGUCGCAAAAGAAAUCGGCAGCAUCCACCGGACGCCGGACCUCGCGUAUAAUCUGGGCAUUGGUCAUCCUGUGCGUGGCAGGUUGGCUUUGGGGGCUGGCGCUGUUCGUGACGCAGAAGCGGUCCGGCGACCUCGCUGUCUCCGAAGCGCUGCAGUCGCAUGAUUCCAGCCCCUUUUCGGACAGCACGAGUUCCGGAAAGCCUGUCACGCUGGAGCAGGUGCUCAGGGGACAAUGGCAACCUAUGUCGCACGCAAUCUCCUGGAUCGCAGGUCCCGACGGUGAAGACGGCUUGCUGGUGGAGCAAGGAGAAGGCGAGGGCAAGGCUUACCUGCGCGUGGAAGAUAUCCGCAGCCGCAAGCAGGAUGUCAAGAGCCAGGAAAGUCGGGUGCUGAUGGAAAAGCCCACCGUGCAUGUGGAUGGGCGCGAUAUCUUCCCCGCCAUGACAUGGCCCAGUCCCGAUCUCAAGAAGGUACUGCUUCUGUCGGACCGUGAGAAGAAUUGGAGACAUUCGUUCACGGGCAACUACUGGAUUUUCGACGUCGACACCCAAACGGCGCAGGCGCUGGAUCCCAGCGAACCCAAUGGACGCGUCCAGCUCGCGGUCUGGUCGCCUGCUUCGGAUGCUGUGGUUUUUGCCAGAGGGAACAACCUAUAUCUGCGGAAGUUGUCGUCGGAUAGGGUGGUCCAGAUCACGAAGGACGGCGGCGCGGACCUUUUCUACGGUGUGCCUGAUUGGGUUUACGAAGAGGAAGUCAUCUCCGGUAACAGUGUAACCUGGUGGUCUAGCGGUGGCGAGUACCUCGCGUUCCUUCGCACCAACGAAUCCUCCGUGCCUGAAUUCCCAGUCCAGUAUCACCUCUCGAGACCCUCUGGAAAAGAGCCGCUCCCGGGACUCGAAAAUUAUCCGGAAGUGAGAGAGAUCAAGUAUCCCAAGCCCGGCGCCCCCAACCCUGUUGUGAACUUGCAAUUUUACGACGUUGAGAAACAACAAGUAUUCACAGUUGACAUUCCCGGCGACUUCAGUGAUGAGGAUCGUAUCAUCAUUGAGGUGGUCUGGGCGGGUGCAGAAAAAGUCAUUGUGCGCACCACAAACAGAGAGAGCGACAUCCUCAAAGUCUUCCUAGUUGACACAAAAUCCCGCAGUGGUAAGCUUGUUCGAACUGAAGACGUUGCAAGCAUCGACGGCGGCUGGGUGGAGCCAUCCCAGUAUACCAGGUUCAUUCCCGCUGAUCCAAGCAAUGGCCGGCCACAUGAUGGUUAUCUCGACACUGUGAUUCACAAUGGCUACGACCAUCUUGCAUACUUCGCGUCCCUCGAUAACUCCGAGCCAGUCAUGCUCACCACAGGUGAAUGGGAAGUGGUUGAAGCUCCUGCCGCCGUUGAUCCCCACCGAGGCGUCGUCUAUUUCAUUGCAACAAAAGAAGCUCCUACCCAGCGCCAUCUAUACCAAGUCAACUUCGAUGGAUCCAACCUCAAGGCUCUCACAGAUACCUCCAAACCAGGCUACUACGAUGUUUCCUUCUCUCAAGGUACCGGAUAUGCACUGCUCAGUUACAAGGGCCCCUCCAUUCCAUGGCAGGCAAUUGUCAAUACCGAGACAGACGAGAUCAUCCUCGAAGAAACCAUUGAGGACAACGCCGGCCUCGCUCGUAUGGUUGAGACAUACGCCAUUCCGACGGAGAUCUACCAAAAUGUCACCAUUGACGGCUUCACGCUUCAGGUCGUCGAACGUCGCCCCCCUCACUUUAACCCGGCCAAGAAAUACCCCGUCCUCUUCUAUCUCUACGGCGGACCCGGCUCACAAACAGUCGAUCGUAAAUUUACCGUUGAUUUUCAGGCAUACAUCGCCUCCAGUCUGGGCUACAUAGUCGUCACUGUUGACGGCCGAGGCACGGGCUACAUCGGCCGCAAAGCACGAUGCAUCGUCCGCGGCAACUUAGGCUUCUAUGAAGCUCACGAUCAAAUCGCUACGGCCAAGAUGUGGGCCCAAAAGACCUAUGUUGAUGCAACCCGAAUGGCGAUCUGGGGCUGGAGCUAUGGCGGAUUCAUGACCUUGAAGACACUCGAGCAAGACGCAGGACAAACAUUUCAAUACGGCAUGGCUGUUGCGCCUGUGACCGAUUGGAGAUUCUACGAUUCUAUCUACACUGAACGCUACAUGCACACCCCCGAACACAAUCCCACGGGAUACGACAAUGCCUCCAUCACCGACAUGUCUGCACUCCAGGAAACCGUGCGAUUCCUUGUCAUUCACGGCUCCUCAGACGACAACGUCCAUCUCCAGAACACUCUUGUCUUGGUUGAUAAGCUGGACUUGGCUAGUGUCGAGAAUUACGAUCUGCAUGUGUACCCGGAUUCGGACCACAACAUUGCGUUCCACAACGCGCACACCAUGGUCUAUGAGCGUCUUUCGAGCUGGCUCAUCAAUGCAUUCAAUGACGAGUGGCAUCGUAUCGAUCACCCAGUGCCUGAUGAGUCGAUGUGGAGUAGGGUCAAGCGCUCGUUGCCCAUUUUGGCACAUUAGCUAGAUUACGGGGCUCUCUGUCGGCUGGCGUUCUUCGGUUCAUAUGAGAGAUAUCUCAAAUUGUCCUUUUUUCUUUCUUUG